GCCCCAAACAAUGCAUUGCCACCACACACAAACAUACACACACCCCAUAAGGCUACAAACUUCAAAACUCAAAACAAAUGAUGCUUUCAAAAAAAUUGUAGAUCCUAAAAAUGAAACCAAUUCAACCAAAAAUCAGCUAUCGCAAUUUCUGACCCUUAAAAUGAAACUACUAGAGUUCAUUCCACUUCAGUUGCGUGUUAUUUGUUCCAGACAUGUUAAAUAAAUGCAACAUUUCCACACAAACGACUUCAAACCCAUUUCCGUUCAUGCAACUUCUGACUACACUCCAGCAUCCUCGCCUAUAAAUGGGGGAACACAAGUAAUGAAAAUGUCAAUACCAUAAAGUGGUGGUCCUUCGCGCAGACCGAAUCGGGAGUUUUUGAGGGAAGGGUGACAGCUCUUUGUUGGUGAAUAGAAAUCAGUGGCCACGAUGAGAGAGUGAGUGAGGGAGAGACCUACCUACAGAGUGAGAGGGGAGGGGAAGAGUGUGGGGAAGGAGGAGGAGGGGGGGGGGAACUCCUCCUACCAAAUUAUUCAGACUGGGCAGGCUUUGCUCUCUUCACAAAUAGGACACGGUGCUCAAAUCCAGGCAGUCCCAACCUGACCUCGAAGCACCAAGGAACACCCUGACUGGGAAACCGGGAGAUAGAAACCACCAAAAAAAGAAACAACAAAAACUUCGUGCCAUUCUUUUUUGGCGAGUGUUUUCACACUAUAGCGACCCCCUCUCCCCUCCCCUGCCCUCCUCUCCUCCCUCCCCACCACCACCACAUCGGUUUGUCGCGUCAUUUGGACUAUACAUUUUUUUUUGUAUUUUUCCUGGAGGAGAGACAUUCGCGGGAAGAAGGGAGGGAAAAGGCUGUAGCCUGUGACACCACCCACACAGACCUCCCACCGUCCCUUACCCAGUUGCUUCAGUUCUCUUCGUUCUUCUUUCCUUCCAGUGUGUUUUUUUUCUUCUCCCGUUUGCACCCUGGCGAGGAGUUGAUCCGGGUCUGCGGGGUUGUUUCGGGUGCCCAUUUGGAUGCGCUGAGAGAGCCGUGCGCAGCGCUGCUGUACGGUAUAUGGAAGUUGUGGGCUGCAAGAAAGAGGCAGGCAGUUGCACGUUGCGUCCAGGACCGGGAGCCAUGCUUUUCCACGGGAUCUCCGGGGAUCACAUCCAAGGGAUCAUGGAGGAGAUGGAGAGAAGGUCGAAAACGGAGUCGCGCCUGGCGAAGGGCAUGCAGCUCAACGGGAGAGAGUCGACCAUGCCUUCAAUGAGCCCGGAGAAGCCCGCUCUGUGUGCCGGCUGUGGCGGUAAGAUCUCGGACAGAUACUACCUCCUGGCCGUGGACAAACAGUGGCACCUGCGGUGCCUCAAAUGCUGUGAAUGUAAACUAGCGCUGGAGUCGGAGCUAACGUGUUUUGCCAAGGAUGGGAGUAUCUACUGCAAGGAGGAUUACUACAGGUUCUCCGUGCAGAGGUGCGCGCGCUGCCACCUCGGGAUAUCGGCCUCGGAGAUGGUGAUGCGGGCGCGCGAUUCCGUUUACCACCUAAGCUGCUUCACCUGCACCACUUGCAACAAGACGCUGAGUACAGGCGACCACUUCGGCAUGAAGGACAGCCUGGUGUACUGCCGGCUGCACUUCGAGACGCUGGUGCAGGGGCCGGACUACCACCAGCAGCUCAACUUCGCCGAGCUGGCGGCCAAGGGCGGCGGCCUCACCAUGCCCUACUUCAACGGCACCGGGACGGCGCAGAAGGGAAGGCCGCGCAAGAGGAAGAGCCCGGCCAUGGGGAUAGACAUACCCAGCUACAACACAGGCUGCAACGAGAAUGACACCGAUCACAUGGACCGGGAUCAGCAGGCCUACGCUCCAACGCAGAAGACCAAGCGCAUGCGGACCUCCUUCAAGCACCAUCAGCUGCGGACAAUGAAAUCCUACUUUGCCAUCAACCACAACCCAGAUGCCAAAGACUUAAAGCAGCUGGCCCAGAAAACAGGCCUCACUAAGAGAGUUCUACAGGUUUGGUUCCAAAACGCAAGAGCCAAAUUCAGAAGGAACGUUUUGCGACAGGAGAAUGGAGGUGUUGAUAAGGCUGAUGGCACCUCACUCCCUGCACCCUCAUCUGACAGUGGGGCCCUGACCCCCCCCUCCAGCACGGCCACACUAACAGACCUGACAAACCCCUCUAUCACUGUAGUGACCUCCGUCACCUCUAGUUUGGACAGCCAUGAUUCGGGGAGCCCUUCACAAACUACCUUGACAAACCUUUUCUAACGAGCUAUCUCUCGAAGACUGAAUUUUUUUUUUGAAUCUGAUUUUAUUUUAUUUUAUGUUCUUUUUUUUCUCUCCUCAAUUUACAUUUUAUUUUUUUAAGUGACACCUUUAAAUCAACCAGAGCUCCUUGGAACGGAAAGUGCUGUACUGUGUACACAAACAAGAACAACAAGAGCAAGAACAACAGCGACCACAUUAAAACACGUGUAGCACAUGAAACCACAUGGCAGCUGUGUCUGUAGUUGACUUAAAGUAAACAGGGACGGAUUUUUCAAGUUGAAGUCUUAAGAAAACUGUCAUGGAUCCCACAAUUCAUUGGAAAAAAGUAACUAAACAUGAGCUUGUCUGGAAAACUAGAUUUCUGCUUGAUUUGACUUAUUUCUACAUUUCUAUUGAAUUAUGAUGAAACAAGCCCUUCUAAAUUUAUGGUUAAUUGAUACAUUUGAAACUAUUUUGCCCUCGGAAACCUGUAUAUGUAUGCACUGUGUUCGCACUAUCCAAUUGAACGAUUUUUAUUUCUGUUUGGGAAUAAUUUGGGAAAUUGACUUGUAGACUGUUCUGUAUAUGGGUAACUCCAGAAAACAGGCUUUAAUUAUUUCCGAAUGUGUCAGUCUCUAAGACUGAGUUGGAUGGAGUCAGACAAUGAGAUAUCUCACAGAGCUACACGUGCAACGUACAUCUAAAUUGCGUCCUAAGCGCCUGACCAUCGCGGCUUAAAAGCGGGUAGAUGCUGAAACCACAAACAUUUUGGUCUUGAUUCACAAACCUGCUGUGAUAAAGAGAACGAAGCCGAUCCCACAAUCUGUACAGUGGUAACUGUUCAACAUGUAAUGCAGUGACAGUGAAAGAAAUGGUUUGAUAAUUAUAAACCAGCAAGAGAAAUUUGGAUCGGGGAACAGUUUGUGGACGCUGUUGCGAUUGAUUGUUUUCAUGACAGCACUUUUUCAGAUUUGUUGGUCUCAUAGAUAAGAACCGUAGUCAAAUGGAUAAAUCCUAGUAAACACAUCCAUAGACCCACAGCUAAACUCAAUUGCACAGUGACAAUAUACUGCCCAGUGAAAAGUGCAUUAUUGUUUUUAUCAUGUUGCUCAGGGUAACGAUGCGAUUUUUCAAAAAGGGGGAAAAAGAAGGAUGGGUGAGAAAUUGAAACGUUUGCGACGUUGCGGACUAGAUUUGUAGAGCUGACAUGAACAUUCAGAUGACCUCAGAUAGGUGGAGUCGAAGGAGGCAGCCAGUGGGUAAUCAUUGUCCAUGUGUUCUCCUUUUUGGCCAUAUUUAUACUUUCCUUAAUGACACUUGCCACUGAACAGACCAAAAACAUGUUUCUUCUGGCUGAAAGAUAGAGAGAAAAGAGACACAGCAAAUCUUCAAUGGAGUUAAUACAUUUCAUUGUGAGCGUCAUAAUUUGUUCUAUUGUAGGACAAAGUGGUACUCUAGAUCUACUUCAUGAAGUAGAUGCCUAACUCAGUUCUACUAUGUGCCUUAUGCUAUGACUUGGGAGAAAGUUUGUGAAAUUCAGGAUAUAUGUGUUCUUUGUUAACUGAUUCACAUCCUUAUGACGCCUCACUAGUUUUGUACUGUUUUGCAUCUUAUUUCGGAAGAUCUUUUUAUGGUGUAUCCUGUUGAAAAGGGGCAGCGAUGUCAUAGCAAGCGUUUGUGCACUCUUUCAGAUAUAGUUGGGUAAUCCAAGAACCUUAUAUAUUGAUCUUCGUGUUAAUAGUUGAGUACAGUAAGUGUUCUAUCAAGAUUGUCCAUGUUUCCCUGUUUCUUGAUAAAGAUGGUGUAUAGAAACUAUUUCCCCUUAAAUAUUUAUGGACCAAACGGUUGUCAUAUAUCUUAUUAAAUUUGUGUGAAUAAAAAUACUUUGCUUUAACUGGGUUUUAUUUUUCAUUACACUUGCCAUUUUUGUGUUCUAUCUUGAAUACGAUUUUUGUUUAUCACAUUAACGAACAAGAAAGCAUUCAGUUAUUAAUGAACAGUUAAACGUCCUCAUUUUUGCUUCCAUUUUUAAUUUAUAUUCCUAUUUUAUGUUUAUGGUUUUUAACGUAAUGCCCCAUGGAUUUGCAUCAAAACCCUGCAGUCAAAAAUAUGAAGUUGCUUUUUAAUGCAUGAACAUGGCUUUACAUUAUUAAAUUAAAGGAAUACUGCAAAGCACAUUGAUCUAUAUCCAUACAUAGUAUAUAUUUAUGCAUAACAUAUUGGUAAACCUAAAAUGAAGUAAGAGUAAAUGCAGACCCCGUAAAGCCAGGUUGAUCUGUAGUUAAUAUAUUCUUACUCUAUCAU